AACCUUCUCCCUCUCUCUCUCAUGUUCUCGUCUCUCUCUACUCUCUCUACUCUCUCUACUCUCUCUCUCUCCUCCCUUUGAGUUUGCUAUCCACAACAAAAUGUUACAUGUGCUCUUUUGAAGCUUAGCUCAAGGGACCAACUAUAUAUAAUCUCAUACAACCAAUCAAAAGAGAGAGAGAGGGAGAGAGGCGGAGAGCAAGAGGCUGGUAUCGUAUAGCUAUUGCCAAUGGAGAAGCCAAGUCCGAGACCAGGUAUCGUCGUGCACCAAAAUGUAAUGACCAAAUUGCCCCCGGGGUUCAGGUUCCACCCAACCGAUGAGGAGCUAGUCGUCCAAUACCUCCGGAGAAAAGCCUACUCGUGCCCAUUGCCCGCCGCCAUCAUCCCCGAGAUCGACCUCGGGAAACACGACCCUUGGGAUCUCCCCGGUGGGCGUGAACAUGAGAGAUAUUUCUUCGCCCUUAGAGAGGCGAAGUACCCGAACGGUAAUCGCUCUAAUCGGGCGACUGGAUGCGGGUACUGGAAGGCGACGGGGAAAGACAAGGCGAUCGUGGCGUCGAAGUGCAAUCAAGUGGCGGGGAUGAAGAAAACCCUAGUCUUCUAUUGCGGAAAGGCCCCCAGCGGGUCAAAGACCGACUGGAUAAUGCACGAGUAUCGCCUAGCUAGCCCUCCUCAGAGAAAGAAGUCGACCAAUAGUUCCAUCGUCCUCCCCCCAAGAGAUUGGGUGUUGUGUCGCAUAUUCAUGAAGAAAAGAGCUACAAGGAUGGAUACGGACACCGAGGAAGGAGAACAUCCCGUCGGUUUCAUAGACUUCUUGGGUCAGCGAAGAGACGAUCGUCGCCCUUCCUCACCGUCCAACUCAGAUUCUAGUUGCGUUACCUACACGUGAUUCUAGCAAUGGAGAUGAUCACACUUCGUCGUCUCCAUAAGGAGGGAGGAGGAGGAAGAAGGGGAGAACAUAGUGAGGGAGGGGGCGGAAAAAAAAAAUAACCUUUAUAUAUGAGCCUUUUUUUGCGUAUAUUUAAAAACUCUUAGGGACUUUGUAAGUUUUUCUAAGAUGUAAACUUUGUGUAAGUUUCUUCUCGAUGCAAAAGAGAGCCUCUGUAUACAUAUCGUGCUAGCCUAGAGCUUCAAAUUGUACGUCUUUCCCUUUGCACAAAUUAACAUGGCAAUAUGAAUUACUGAACUACGUAUAA